UAACGCAAUUGUUUUUUUUUUUUUUUUUUUUUUUUAAGUAAUUACUAAAGCAAGCUAUUUUUAGAAUACAGAAAAAUCGCUCCGAAUAAAUAUGAAACCCACUCGAGCAUCCAAUACAAUCUAAAUUAAAUUUCGAAGACAAAUGCACGAGUAAAUAUGUCAACCCCGCGAGAGGGCGAACGAAAAAACAUUCGCUCAAUAGAACAUAUCACGCUAUGAAAAAUCCGACUUUCAUUCCAGUCGACUACCCCCCCAAGCCGCAUCAGCAUCAAAUCGCUCCGCGAAAAUUAAUGAAGGUACACGCACACACGUACACGCCUACAUCGACGCCGUUUACGUAUACCAGGUCUCUCUCGCUCUCCGCAAUGACAAAUGACGACAUCAGAGCCAGGAAGCAGAAGAGAUGUAUACAUGCAUGUCUCUGGGAAUAAUAUAUCCAUACGAGGAGAGUUUCUCAAGUUGGGGUUGAGAGAAAGCGAGAAAGACGUUGACGGUCUGACUUUUUAGGGCAAAAAAAGGGUCGUACGUGGAUAAGUGAGAGACGGCGCGCGCCUGCGGGGCCGAGGUGAAACUCGACGAGAGAGAAUCCGGGGCUGGCCAGGAUAAUCGAGGAAAACAAGCACUUGUCUUUAGCUUCCCUUUUGUUAUAUUUUCGGGGCUGCUUUUUCUGCUUCUAGAUUAUCAGCCGCUCAUCGCGAUAUAACGGAGAAGCUUCUACCCUCGCGCGGUUUUGCAUCGAGUUGACAUAGUUUUCAAAUCGUGAAGUUGGAUGGUUUUCGGAACAAAACAAUUCCCUGCGGCAUGGAACGGGAGAGUCGUUGGAGGCUAUGAGACGCUAUAGUUACGGAUAACGCGAUGGUGCCGAAAAAUCCAACCGCGUAUCAAAAAUUCAUGCAGAGAAUCGCGCAGGUCCUGCCCGAAAAAGCUCGGGGUGUAUUUUUACAUCCGGCAGGGCCAACGACGAUCUUCUUUUGGGCGCCAACUUUCAAGUGGGGUUUGGUUUUAGCCGGUAUCGGAGAUAUAAAUCGACCGGUCGACACUAUUUCUUUGAGUCAGACAGCUAGCCUUGCGCUGACUGGACUCAUUUGGUCGAGAUACUCUCUCGUGAUAAUACCUAAAAACUACAAUUUGCUGAGCGUCAACGCUUUCGUGUUCAUGACGAACGUGUACAACUUUGCUAGGGGCGCCACGCACCAGAUGAACGAGGGCAAGAAGUAAUCGAGUAUAGUACCUUGUCGUUUUGCGCGUCUUUUAUUUCAAUAAAAAAUCUCUUCUGCUUUAUGUACAA